AGCUGCACCGGGCGCACCGGGGCCUUGGCCCCGAUCGGGCUGCGCGGGGGGUCGGGCGAAUGACUCCGGAAGACGAGGACGACGAGCUGCAGGUGGUGCAGGAGCGAUGUCCAGAACAGGGCAUCUUCUUCUCCUGCUGCCUCGAUCCGCAGCACGUCGAGCGAUGCGAACUGGGGGUCUGCGAGACAUGCAAAAUCUGCAGGAGCUCUCCCUGUGCAGAGCCUGCGCACGCGGCCACUCCUGUAGCUCCAAGCUCUCGCUGCACGACAUGGAACAGUGGUCUUCGCAAGGCAACGCACAUCUGCAGAGACAGGCCGAUCAAGGCGAUGAGGGGGCCGGCCUCUUCUUGCUGAUGCGGCUCAUCGCGCUGGUGGAAAGGAAAUGGAGCCCGACGGAAUGGAAGAUCACCCUGCCUGCGAUGCUGGAGCUCGUGCAGGAGAGAUGUGCGGUGGCUGGUGGCCUUUGUUCGCCAGCUCCUCCAAGACCUGGAGGAGCCUCGGGAGCCUCGGGAGAACCCCGAGGACGCCUGCAAUGUGCAGGAGGUGGAUUGGCACGAGAGCGCUUGAUCUGCAAAAUCGAAGAGAUUGCGACCACCCGCGACCGACCUGGACCUGGAGAGGAUGCUCCGGCCGUAGUGGCCUCACGCGCAGGCUUGGUCAUCCUCAAAAUGAUUCUGAGACAUCCACCUCGCCAACACGGCACACUAGAGCGGCUGUUGCAGGCGGCGCUGCGGCUCUGGGACCGUGGGCCGCAGGAGGAGCUGCAGCUUCAGCUGGAGCAGCUGCUCGACCAUUACGACCCGGACAGCCAUUUUCACCAGCAGCUCAAGGAACGGCUGAAUGAGAGGGCCCAGUCGGUGCCCAGCGUGGCCCUGCGCCUGAAGCUGGCGCUCAGGGCCCGGGAGAAGGACGUAGCCUUCAAGAGCUGGGAGAACGAGCUGAUGAAUCAGGUGGACCCUGCGCUUGAGCAGCGGCUUGAUCGCCUGGGCAGAUUUGGGGACCUCGUCGACAGGUCCAGAAAGGUCGAGAACUUCAAGAGGGAGGAGUUCAAGGAUGUGGCGCUUCCCACUUGCCUCAGCACCACCAUCACCUCCUGGGAGGAGGCAACCACGACCUCGGGCGCCAACGGCGCGCGCAUCCUGAAGCUCAAGGGCCGAGAUGGUGAAGGCCCUGAGCAGGAGAUCAAGGUGAUCUCCAAAUGUGACGACGCUGCGCCAGAGGAGCGUGCCACCGGAUGGGCCCUGGAGUUCAUGAACCUCCUGAUCGACGCAGACCCAGAGAUCCGGCAGAUCCGGCGCGAGCAGAACCUCGAGACUGGAGAUGUGAAGGUCUCUUACUCGGUGGUGCCUAUCGCACCCAGCCACAACCUGGUGGAGAUGGUCCCAGACGCGAUAAGCAAAGAGGACCUGGCCAAGAGGUCCACAGACCCUCGGGAGCCCACGAGCGCCAAGCGCUUCUUGGAAUACCUGGUCUCCAAGAAUGAGGCCGCGAGCUUGACGCCAAAGGCUCGAAAGGUCCUGGCAUUCACGGCGGCGGUAUCUACCGUCAUGUCCUUUGUCCUGGGUCUUGGAGACCGCCAUGCUGGCAACAUCAUGCUCACCGGGAGCGGCCGGCUCUUCCAAAUCGACUUCGGCUUCGUCUUGGGCAUGGAGCCCUUGCACACCCGCGGUUAUGGCAAGCAGCCCGUUUUGCGGCUUGACUACAACGAGGUCUACGAAGUCGCCCAAAAGGAGCUGAUGAACAAGAUUUUCUGGCCGGUUCUUCACCACAGCUUUCGCGUACUUCGGCAUCACUACCACAUCCUGGUGGAGUUUGUGGCAGACAUCAAGUUGAAGGUCCAAGAGAAGGAGUGGAACCUGAGCAUCAGACAGGCGAAGCGCCGAGACGAGAAUCGAGACUUCCGUGAGGGCGACCAGCUUGACAACCGCGCUUGGAAGAAGCUGGUAAAGCUUUGGGAAGCACAGGAUUGGGCCGAAGAGUUCUUGCACCACCGCCUGGUGCCGCUCCUUUCCGAAGAGGGCGCAAAGAGAUUCAUCGAAGCCCUGGUCCUCACCCACAGGGACGCCUUGGUCCUUCGGAUGCACGACAAGAACCGGGAGGUGGGAGAGCAGCUGGCCCGGACCUUGUCCUCAAGCUCCCAGCACUGGCGAGAGGCCUGGAGCGAAUUGCCACGAGGCUUCGCGUGGAUGGCAUCCCUGACGCCCUUCGGGCACCUGCCUUCGCGUCUGUUUGCGCUGACAAUUCAGAAACGCGAAGUCGAAGACGACUCACAGGCUGAUGCAAUCCCGGCAUGAGGGCGACUCUUCUCGCCGUCUCGUGCAGUCUGUCGCACCUUGGCCGCGCUUUUUUUUUCCGGCAACAAGCGCAGCGAGCGCCAGGGAGGAAACGGCCCGUGAAGACUUUCGAUAGGUCAUGGAUGCUUCGGGAUUGAAUUUCGAGCGUCAGACGGAUUCCUUGUAAGGGAGCCAUGACCAUGAGCCACAGGGUUUUGACCAUCGUAGCCAUUCCGAGCUAGAGAUUUUCACUGUGACUACCGCGAACACGC